GAACCGAAAAGAAAAGAGCAGAGUCUAAUCGAGAAUUAAAAAAGCAAAAGCGAAGGUAGACUGAAGUUAUCGGAAUUUGCAUCUUUUUGAAACCGUCUUUUUGAUUCCGCCGUUUGCGUCUGACGUGUUCACGGCGGCAACCUCCAUGGACAACGGUGACCUCGGAAACAACCACCACAACUUCCACGAUGGUGCUGAUAACCGUUUAUCAGCCGAAUCUUUGCCGUUAAUCGAUAUGCGUCUCUUAUCCCAGUCAGAACUUCGCGCUCUCUCUCACUGUUCUUCUCUAUCUCCAUCUUCUUCAGCGUCUCUCGCUACUUCCGCCGGUGGAGACGACGAUUUGACACCAAAGAUCGAUCGCUCCGUCUUCAAUGAGUCCGCUGGGAGCCGGAAACAGACAUUUCUCCGUCUCCGCCUUGCGCGUCACCCUCAACCAACGGAGAAACCUCCUUCGCCGCAACGUCAAAGAGACGAUUCUUCCAUUGAAGAACAAACGCAAGUCGCGCCGCUUCUCAGAUCUCUGUUCAAUGUCGAUUCGAUUCAGAGUAAAGAGGAAGAAGACGAAGGAGAGGAAGAAGUCGAGGAAAACGAAGGUCAGAUCCAUUAUAACAGCUAUGUUUAUCAGAGACCGAAUCUUGAUUCGGUUCAGAACGUUCUGAUUCAGGGAACCUCUGGGAAUGAAAUCAAGAGGAAGCGAGGACGACCGAGGAAGAUUCGGAACCCUAGCGAGGAAGAUACGGAGGUUUUGGAUUUAACAGGUGAAGCAUCUGCGUAUGUGUUUGUAGAUAAAACUAGUAGCAAUUUGGGAAUAGAGAGUAGAUUUGGUAGUUCAGGAAUCUCCAUGGAUUCAAAUUCAGUGAAGAGAAAGAGAGGUCGUCCUCCGAAGAAUAAGGAAGAGAUAAUGAACUUAGAGAACAGAGACAGUGCAAUUGUGAAUUCUUCUGCAUUGGAUAAGGAAGAGUUAGUGAAAUUGGAGAACAGAGAAGGUGCAAUUGUGGAUCUUUCUGCAUUGGCUAGUGUUUCAGAGGAUCCAUAUGAAGAGGAGCUGAGGAGGAUCACUGUUGGGUUGAAGACAAAGGAAGAGAUUUUAGUUUUUUUGGAACAACUUAAUGGUGAAUGGGUGAAUAUAGGGAAGAAGAAGAAAGUUGUGAGAGCUUGUGAUUAUGGAGGAUACUUGCCCAGAGGAUGGAAACUUAUGCUCUACAUAAAAAAGAAAGGUAGCAGUUUGUUGCUGGCUUGUCGCAGAUACAUAAGCCCUGAUGGGCAACAGUUUGAAACCUGCAAAGAAGUCUCCACAUAUCUGCGAUCUAUCCUUGAGUCCCCGAGCAAGAACCGACACUAUUACUUGCAAUCUGAUAACAAGACUCUAGGACAACAGCCAGUAACAGCUAACGAUUCUUCACUAGGUAACUCUAAUUCCAUGGACUUGCCUGUUCCGGACUCUGAAAAAAUGCAGUACCUUGAGAGUGGAAGAACCGGCAGUGAGGUGUUUGAGGAAGCGAAUGGUGAUGAAGCAGAUGGAGUGAAAACCAGUCUGGUGGAGAAAGAUGAUAAUGCUGAUUUUCUGAAUGGAGACGACCACGACCAUACGAAGAAAAGAGAUGGUAACAUGGAGAAUUUGGCAGCUCUAUCGAAAGCCAUGUCGAUGCCGACUGAUGAGCUUCAACAGUAUUUCAACUGACAAAUCCACUGAGUUCAGUGACCAGUUCCUUUACCUGGAACAAAAUGUUUUCUCAUUCUAGUUCAGAUUUUAUGUUUCAUGCACAAACUAAAGCAUGUUUUUAGCUAACUACACGAUAUAGAAUUUGAAAAGGUCCAUGUACAAAACAAUUAGCAGAAACCAAUUUUUUUCUUAAAGAUAAGAAGAAAAAAUUCAUUGAGUUUCAA